UAUGAUUGCCUAAACCAGGUUGGAGAGGGUACUUUUGGACAGGUUUGGAAAGCGCGCAGUACGAAGGACGGUAGGUAUGUGGCAUUGAAGAAAAUUCGUAUGGAGGCCGAACGCGAUGGGUUCCCUGUGACCGCGAUGCGUGAGAUCAAGUUGUUGCAGUCGUUACGGCACGACAACAUUGUGCGGCUAUACGAGAUGAUGGUGUCAAAUGGCUCUGUCUUCAUGGUCUUCCAGUACAUGGACCAUGACCUCACUGGCGUUCUGUCACAGACCCAGUUUGUGUUCACCGACGCGCAUCUAAAGUCAUUUUGUCGGCAAAUGCUCGCUGGCCUGGCAUACCUGCAUCACAAAGGUGUCAUACAUCGGGACAUCAAGGGUUCAAACAUCCUGAUCAACAAUCGUGGCGAGUUGAAGCUCGCAGACUUUGGUCUUGCACGCUUUUAUCAAAAGCGUAGGCAGAGUGAUUACACCAACCGUGUCAUCACGCUGUGGUACCGGCCUCCGGAGUUGCUGCUCGGGACAACAGUGUAUGGGCCUGAGGUUGAUAUGUGGAGCGCAGGGUGUAUCAUGCUUGAGCUGUUCACGAAGAAGCCCGUGUUCCAGGGCAAUGAUGAGAUUCACCAGCUCGACGUGAUUUAUCGGAUCCUCGGCACACCCGUCGUUGAACAGUGGCCUGGCAUGACUAGUCUCCCGUGGUAUGAACUUGUCAAACCCAAGGAGACGAUACCGAAUCACUUCAGGCAGUUGUUUGAGAAAUGGCUCUCCCCCGCCGGUCUUGAUCUCGCGGAGCGAUUGUUGACUUACGACCCGGCUCGGAGGGUCACCGCUGUCCAAGCUCUUGAGGCCCCGUACUUCAAUCAGGAGCAGCCAUCGCCAGCAGCCCCAGUCAGUCUGUCGACCAUGGAGGGUGAAUGGCACGAAUUCGAGGCAAAACGAGAACGGGCGAAGAAACGGCGAAGAAUGGAGUAG